GCCCUAACAUGGUACAGAGAAAACAGACAGACAAGCAAUUCAUAACGCAGGCAUAAUGUUUUCAGUUUUGCAGUGUUAGCUUUGCACUUUGUAUGGAAGAAUGAUACCAGGAUUUGGAAACCUCAUGCAGGAUGUGCUGUGGUGUUUUAGUCAAGUAAAAGGAACUAUUGACAUUGGGGUGACAGAAGCUGACAUUAUCUCUACGGUAGAAUUCAACCACACGGGAGAAUUACUAGCAACAGGGGACAAGGGGGGUCGGGUUGUAAUAUUCCAACGUGAGCAGGAGAGCAAGCACCAGCCCCACCGCCGGGGCGAGUACAAUGUUUACAGCACCUUCCAGAGCCACGAGCCCGAGUUCGAUUACCUGAAGAGCCUGGAGAUAGAGGAGAAGAUCAACAAAAUACGAUGGCUCCCGCAGCAGAACGCAGCCUACUUCCUCCUCUCCACCAACGAUAAAACCGUGAAGCUGUGGAAAGUCAGCGAGCGCGACAAGCGGCCGGAGGGAUAUAAUCUCAAAGAUGAGGACGGCCGUCUCCGAGACCCCUCCAUGAUCACCACGCUGCGGCUGACCAUGAGAAAUUUUGAAGAAAACAAGCGACAACAGAAGAAGGCCCUAACCAGACAGCCGAAAAGGACGUGUGGUUCAGGGUGCCCAGCGGGUGCCGGGGGCUGGCGAGCGGGGCUGCGCGUUUCCCUUGACCUGCCCGUGCCAGACAUCGUGGAUAUAAAGCCUGUGAACAUGGAGGAGCUGACGGAGGUGAUCACCGCGGCGGAGUUUCACCCGCACCACUGCAACACCUUCGUCUACAGCAGCAGCAAGGGCACCACCCGGCUGUGCGACAUGCGGACAGGCAGAAACGGGUCUGAGCUGUGUCUCUGCAGCAUUUGUCUGUUUUAUGUCAAAUGCAAAGGCAGAGCGCAUCCCCCGCCGUCUCCGGACGCUCCCGGCGUGCGGUGGGAGAGCGGCCGCCCCCAAAAGGCUGCUUUCAUAAUACUGCAUUUUUGGAAAGUGCGUGUUUUGCACCUCACACACGUUGUGGGCUCGUCAAGCAGGGUGGUAGGUCCUCGGCGCCGGAGCAGCCCGGUGGUGGCACAGGGCAGGAGCACGCAGCACCCGCAGUGUCCUGCACCAUGUACACGCCAGCUGAUGUUAGGACUUGUCCUUUCCUCUUCUGCAGUUUUUGAAGAGCCCGAAGACCCAAGUAACCGGUCAUUUUUUUCUGAGAUCAUCUCCUCAAUUUCCGAUGUUAAAUUCAGCCACAGCGGGAGGUAUAUCAUGACCCGGGACUAUCUCACAGUCAAAGUGUGGGACCUGAACAUGGAGAACCGGCCCAUCGAGACCUACCAGGUUCACGACUACCUCCGAAGCAAGCUGUGCUCGCUCUACGAGAACGACUGCAUCUUCGAUAAGUUUGAGUGUGUGUGGAAUGGGUCUGACAGCGUCAUCAUGACCGGCUCCUACAACAACUUCUUCCGCAUGUUCGACCGCAACACGAAGCGGGACGUCACGCUGGAGGCCUCGCGGGAGAACAGCAAGCCCCGGGCCAUCCUCAAGCCCCGCAAGGUCUGCGUCGGGGGCAAGCGGAGGAAAGACGAAAUCAGUGUGGACAGUCUGGACUUUAGCAAAAAGAUCCUGCAUACAGCUUGGCACCCUUCGGAAAAUAUCAUCGCCGUGGCAGCGACAAAUAACCUGUAUAUAUUCCAGGACAAGGUUAACUAGGAGGACAAGUUAUUCUUUAGGAAGCUCAUGUACUGAAUACUAGUAAACACACGAUUUCAAAUGUU